AUGCUGGUGUUCUGGACGUUGGGAGGUGUGGUUGUCGGCAUCGCGCUGGGCGCGGGGCUGUACUCCGUCCACCCUAGCAAGCUGGCGAUUGAAAUUAUCGGUUACCCCGGUGAAUUGCUCAUCAAUGCGCUCCAGGAGCUGGUGCUGCCUCUGAUCGUGCUAGCCCUGAUGACUGGAGUCCUCAACCUGCGUCACACAACCACAGGGACUGGUCGCAUCACGACCUGGUCACUCUGCUACUAUCUCCUGUCCAUGGUCCUGGCUGUCAUAAUCGGUAUUGCGCUGAGCUUCGCCAUCCGUCCUGGCAGGGACCAACCCUUUGCCAGCGGCAACAACAAAUGCUCAACACAGUCGUCAGGAGGAACAGUCGAGUCUCUGCUGGACAUCGGACGCCAGCUUGUGCCAAAGAACAUCAUCAUGGCCGCAGCGACUUCGCAGUACCUGGGAGUUAUCAUGUUUGCCAUCGUGCUGGCCGUCAUCCUCAACAGCCUGGGACCCCCCGCCGAGCCAUUCAUCCGCAUCAUCGAGAUCGCCAAUGACGCCAUCAUGGCCAUGAUCUACCUGGUGAUUUACUGCACUCCCGUGGGAAUUGCCUCGCUGAUAGCGCAGACUAUUCUCAAGGCCUGCAACAUCACCGCGCUGCUGAAGAGCCUGGGCCUGUACGUUGGAACCAUCCUCAUUGGAUUUGGCAUCCAUGCAUUCGUGGCGCUUCCUCUCACCAUUUUCAUCCUGACCCGGAUUAACCCCUACCGAGUUAUGAAGGCCUACUUCCCGGCGUUUGCCAUGGGCUUUGGAACAUCUUCCUCAGCAGCGACCAUGCCUGUGACCAUGGAAUGCGGAGUCAACCUCAAGUGCCGGCCCAGCAUUGUCAGAUUCGUUAUUCCCCUUGGAACCAACAUCAAUCGCGAUGGUGCAGCCCUCUACGAAGCCGCCUCCGUGCUCUUUAUCGCCCAGGCUAACGGGCUGGUUCUGUCAGCUGGCAAUGUGGUGGUCGUGGCAAUCACUGCAACUCUGGCCGCCAUCGGAUCUGCCUCCAUCCCCAACUCAGCGCUGGUCUCCAUGGUUACUGUCCUGCAGGCUGUGGGCAUGAGCCAGUACAUCCCUCAGCUGGCAAUCCUGCUUGCUAUGGACUGGCUGAUCGGCAUGUUCAGGACCAUCACCAACAUCUGGGGAGACGCCUGCGCCGUCUCAGUCGUGGACCAUUUUGCCAACAAGUACGCCCCAGACCCCUAUUCCAGGGUUCAUACUAUAGGAUCAAUGGUGAUGAUGCAUGUGCCAUGUGCUUUGUGGACCGCUUUGCAAAGAAGUGGGUUAGGUUGUACAGGAUUUCAAGCGUGCCGGUGA